GAACAGGAAAUGCAAAAAGCUCUUCAUGAAGAUGACCAGGAGUCCUCAGAAGGCAGUUUGUACCAAGAUCCCAUUAGGAGGGAUUCUUUUAGUCAGCAACAAUUUCCGGCUCCAUUAGUACACCGGGAGUCAGAAACGUCUACAGGCCAAAAAGGUACCCAGCAGGCAUCCCUGAGAUCUCUAGGGAACAGCAAUGAUCAGACCUCAAGAAUGCAACAGCCUCCAUUGGUUACCUCUUCCAAUCCUUGUGACAUGUCCACCAAUGGCACUAGCAAAGCACAUAAUACCCAUUUACCAAAACAAGUCUUCCCUUGGAUGAAGGAAACAAGACACAGCAGCAAGCAGAAGAACAUCCUUCCUUCAUCAGACCCCAGCUCUUCUCCACCAAGCCUCUCCUCUUCCAAGAGAGUCCGCACAGCCUACACCCAUACCCAGCUGGUGGAACUGGAAAAAGAGUUCCAUUUUAAUAGAUACCUCUGCCGGCCACGCAGGUUGGAGAUGGCUCGGCUUCUGAGACUCUCUGAGAGGCAAAUCAAGAUCUGGUUCCAGAACAGAAGGAUGAAGUUUAAGAAAGACAGCAGGGCCAAGGGGACCAUGAGGAAGUCCCCAAGCAGAAGUCCUCAAGUGAGCGGCUGUUACAGUCAGAUGGAGGCUGAGUAUGAAACAGCCACGCCGAGUUCAUGUAGCAAGGCCCAGGGAGGGUUAUAUAGUUCAUCAUCAACUUAUACAGAUCCUCUCUUUGACAGCCCCAUAACAUCCAUCUCCUUGGAGUACGGCCCCCUCUCUCUGCAAGGAGACAGUCAUCAUUAUGGACCUCCAGUUCUGCAAGGGAGUCCAAGCGAGAUGGGAGAAAAUUACCUGGGAAAUAUGCCUGAGGCUGACUCGCUCUUCAGCUUCCCCGACUGUUCCUCUGCAAACCUGGACUACAGCUGUGUUGCUGAAAUCCCCAGCCGUCCAACUCACAUCCCAUUUACACAGAUUUAACCACACAUCCUGUGCCUCAGGGAGAUUCUCAGGGACCUGUAAAUCUUAUGCAUCUGUGAGGGCUCUCUCUGCCAUGGAAACCAAGCAGGGGAAAUUGCUACAGUCCUAUUAUCUCAUUAAAAAAAAAAACCUCUAAGUGCAACCAACAGUAACCUCCCUCCCCUACCCCCACUCCUCUGCCCACCCAUUACCUCCUACUUAUUUAACUGUACAAGACUUCCAUUGGUGGGGGUGUUGCUGCCACUGGACAUUACAAAGUUGACAUUCACUCAAAGCAAGACUGGCUUGAUUUAAAAAAACAAAAACCCAAACCUAAGUCAGUCUAUGCAUUGUGUGUUUGAGACAUCAUUUUCAAAGAGGAUUUUUGUGAAUGACUUUGUAAAAGAAGGUGGUGGUCUCAAUUGGUCAGUAGCUAUUGGCCUUAUGAUGCUCUUUUAAAGGGGGGGGGGAGAGACCAGGCUACUCUUAGUUGCUGUGGUUUCUUCAGGCAUUCAUUUGCUCAAAGUGAAAGACUUUACCUAACAGUGCCAUCCUGUACAAGUCAACUCAGAAGUAAGUCUCAUGGAGUUCAAUGGGACUUAGUCCCAUAUAAGUGGGUGUAGGAUUGCAGCCGUAAUGGGGCAUUUCCAAGCAUAGUUCUUAGCCUAGUCCACUUCAAAAGCUUAGUGCCUCCUUCCUGCUCCCCCUGGAUCCUUCUGUCCACAUGAUGAUACUCAUCCCUUGUCCUGUGGGCACCUUGCCCUGAUAGCGGGGAUCUUUUAAAGUCCACCACCUCUCAACAGGCUAACACAGAUGGCCAUUUACCAACCAAAAACUUAGUGUACAUGCAACUCAGUGGUAAGCAACUGGAGCCCCCCAAUGAAAUCUCUCCCCUGAAAAGUUGCAUCACCAUCACCAUGAUCGGGCAAGGAGAAUUUACAGCUCCCUUGUUUCUCCAGAUUUCUGACAGAAUGUGGAUGUGUGGUAAAAAUUUUCUCACCACUUAAAAGGAUGUUAUAACCAAUUGGCUUACCAAGUGUUUAUAUGCACACUGUAGACGAAGUUAUACUUGGUAAAUAGUCCUAUGAGUUCACCCUACAUCCGUGGUUUGUUUUCAAGCUUCCAGCCUUCUCAGAUCUCAUUCCAUCUGGAUUUCUCCACUGAGAAACCCUUCCCCUGCAUGUUUCAGAAGGUUCUUCUGGGGAGUGUUCUAGGACACACACUUUCAUGGAGGGUAAGGUUACCAGCGGCUAUCAGUCAUGAUGGUUGUAUCCUACUUCCAGGAUCAGAGACAGCAUGUGACUCUGAAUGCCAGUUGCUGGGGAAUCAGAAGUAGGAGAAGGUUGUUGUGCUCAUCCCCCCACUGGUGGGCUUCCGUCCACUGGCAUCUGUUGGCUACCAUGAGAAAAGAAUGCUGGAGUAGAUAGGCCUUUGGUCUGAUCUAGCAGGGCUCUUCCUGUGUUUUUACAAUCAGUUUCUACAGGACUAAUGGAAAUGGUCCUCACCCAAAAAUACACCCAGAACUUCCUUGAAGCUGUCCAGCCCAGAGGAAGUUUGGCAGUGGUGGACAAGCUGUUUUUCCAGAAAGUUUGCCCAUCAGUACUGAUCCUCUCUUUGAAGAACCCAAGAGAAUUUACUAGGGAAGGCUCCAUAGAACAUAGUUUGAAAUCUACUAUCCUGUGUUGCUAUUCUAUAUGUCUCUGUCUCUCUCUCUUUCAUAUAAAUAUUUUCAGACAUCAUUAUGGUGCUGAUGUAGCAAGGCUAGCAAGCUGCAUGUUCCUCUUUCCUCUUUCAUCCCUAGCCAGGCUUACCACCCAUAUGGAAGAGCCUAGAGCAAUCAGGCAAGCCCCCUCCAAGAAAUCUUGCCUCAAAAAGGCCCAUACCUCCAGAAUGCACUGAAUCUCUUUGACAAUGAGGCCUUUCCAAAACAUCUCCCACUACAAGCCUUACAAAACAGAUAACAUUUGAAACCCCACACCUGCACUUUUAAUUUUUUAAAAACUCUCCUGUGAUACAGCUCUGAUAUUGUGAUCACCUGCAUGCCGCAAUUCCUGGGUGUGCACAUGGCUGCCUCUGUGGGUUAUUGUCUUGCAGUCAGGCAUGGGCAGGGAAUGCACACUGGAAGAACCGACUCACAACCUCACCGCUGCAGUAGUGAGCAAUGUUUUCACUGUAUGCUAUACGUCACCGAUGGUUUAUUUUUAAUGAUUGCUUGGCUCUUGGCGUCUAUUUUAAUGUACUGUUUUGAUACUGGAAA